AUGCACUACUGUGUGCUGAGCGCGUUUCUGCUCCUGCAUCUGGUCACGGUCGCGCUCAGCCUGUCUACCUGCAGCACGCUCGACAUGGACCAGUUCAUGCGCAAGAGGAUCGAGGCGAUCCGCGGGCAGAUCCUGAGCAAGCUGAAGCUCACCAGCCCCCCAGAAGACUAUCCCGAACCCGAGGAGGUCCCCCCGGAGGUGAUCUCCAUCUACAACAGCACCAGGGACUUGCUCCAGGAGAAGGCGAGCCGGAGGGCGGCCGCCUGCGAGCGCGAGCGGAGCGACGAGGAAUACUACGCCAAGGAGGUUUACAAAAUAGACAUGCCGCCCUUCUUACCCUCGGAAAAUGCCAUCCCGCCCACUUUCUACAGACCGUACUUUAGAAUUGUCCGAUUUGACGUCUCUGCGAUGGAGAAGAAUGCUUCCAAUUUGGUGAAGGCCGAGUUCAGAGUCUUUCGUUUACAGAACCCAAAAGCCAGAGUGCCUGAACAACGGAUCGAGCUGUAUCAGAUUCUCAAAUCCAAAGAUUUAACAUCUCCAACCCAGCGCUACAUCGAUAGCAAAGUCGUGAAAACCAGAGCAGAGGGCGAAUGGCUCUCCUUCGAUGUCACCGAUGCUGUUCACGAAUGGCUCCACCAUAAAGACAGGAACCUGGGAUUUAAAAUAAGUUUACACUGUCCCUGCUGCACCUUUGUGCCAUCGAAUAAUUACAUCAUCCCCAAUAAAAGUGAAGAACUAGAAGCACGAUUUGCAGGUAUUGAUGGCACCUCUACCUAUACCAGUGGUGAUCAGAAAACAAUAAAGUCCACUAGGAAAAAAACCAGUGGGAAGAGCCCACAUCUCCUGCUAAUGUUGUUGCCCUCCUACAGACUUGAGUCCCAACAGUCCAACCGGCGGAAGAAGCGUGCCCUGGAUGCAGCCUAUUGCUUUAGAAAUGUGCAGGAUAAUUGUUGCCUACGCCCACUUUACAUUGAUUUCAAGAGGGAUCUUGGGUGGAAAUGGAUUCAUGAGCCUAAAGGGUACAAUGCCAACUUCUGUGCUGGAGCGUGCCCAUAUCUGUGGAGCUCAGACACUCAGCACAGUAGGGUUCUCAGCUUAUAUAAUACCAUAAAUCCAGAAGCGUCUGCUUCCCCUUGCUGUGUGUCCCAAGAUUUAGAGCCGCUCACCAUUCUCUACUACAUUGGCAAAACACCCAAGAUCGAACAGCUUUCUAAUAUGAUUGUCAAGUCUUGCAAAUGCAGCUAA